CCCACAGCUCCACAUCUCACCCGCUUCAGGACAGCAGGAAGGGAGGAUGCUUUGAACUUUGCAUUUUCUCCCUGUCCACACGAGCAAUUAGGAUAAUUAAUUUGCAGUAAGAUACAGCACGGUGCUUUCAAAAGCCAUUGAAGGACAACAUUGCUCCUGUUUUCCCUUCAGUUCUCCCUGUUUGUGCAGGGUGCAGAGAUAACCAGAGUCAUGCACAGACUAGACUUCACUCAAUUCCACUCCAUGCAAACUUUCCCUGCCCUCCCAUCAAAGGGCAUCCCAACGUUUCCAAGGGAGAGAAUUGCACCUGAGCAGGCCUCCAAGAUGCCAGGAGCAGCUUGCACAUGUGACAGAGCCAAUAUGAGGUGAUGACUGUCAAUAUUUGUCUGUUUUGGAGAAAUCAAAGGAGGAAUUGUGCUGAGCAGAUGCACGCUGGCUAUAAAACGUGCAGCUGGGUGCACACUUGGCACCCCGGGAUCACCCUGCUCCAGUGCUGCCCACCACGAGGCCAUGAAGCUCCUGGUGCUCCUCGUCUGCCUUGCAGGGCUGGCCCCCGCGGGCUGCAACGUGGCUCAGUUUGGUUCCAUGAUUAAGGAGAAGACUGGGAAACCCGCGCUGUCCUACAACGGCUACGGCUGCCACUGCGGCCUUGGGGGAUCCAAGAGGCCGGUGGAUGCAACUGACUGGUGCUGCCAUGCCCAUGACUGCUGCUACAAGAGGCUGUCAUCCUUGACCUGCAUUCCCCACCUUGCCUUUUACAAAUUCUCCACCAAGGGAGGCCAGAUAACAUGCGGAUCUGGGAAUUCAUGCCAAAGAGGAGCCUGCGAGUGUGACAAGAAGGCAGCAGAGUGCUUCAAGAAGAACCUCAAAACCUUCAACAAAAGCUACCAGAAUUAUUCAAACUUAAAGUGCAAGGGCUCACUUCCCUCCUGCUAGAGAUGCCAGACUUGAAACCUGAUGGAAACGCUCUAAAUUGAAAUUCUCUUCCUGCAGUGAGAUGGAGCAAGGCACAAUUCCAGACCCACCGCACCAAAAAGGCACCUGGAACCUCUCUGCCAAGCUGCCAGGCCCUGAACUGGUGCACAAGAAAAGCCUGCUCCUCAGAAUUAAAUAAAUCAUAAAACAUUUUUGCAAAUAAAAAUAAUUUUCCAAGA